UUCAAGGACACAGUCUGUGUACGUCUAGGGGGGAAAAAAAGAUGGCGCUCCCCAUGUUAAGAGGUUGUUCCAGGUUUCCGUCGACAUUUAGCUUUACUCGUGUGUUUUUAAAUGAAAGACUCGUCCUGAACAAGUUGCAUCAGACUCGGCUACAUCCCUCCUCGGCCCCGGUUCGGCUCUACGGGUCGGACCCGUGGCAGAAACCCGCGAAGAAGAUGAUUUGGGUCGGUAUCCCGAACCCGUUCAUCUGGUUCCGAACCCGGAUUUACUCCUUUCUGAUCAGGACGUACUUCGACAAAGACUUCAGCAUUGAAGAGUUUACGGAGGGAGCGAAGCAGGCCUUUGUUCAGGUUUCCAGGCUGUUGUCUCAGUGUCAGUUCAAAGCGCUGGACGGACUCGUAGCUUCAGACCUGGUUGGGAAGCUGGAGGAAAAGUGCAGCUCGCUGCCGUCCAACUACAAGGAAGCGCUCUGUGCAGAUCCUGAUGACAUCAUGCAAACGAUACUCGGAGACAUGGGAGUUUUCUAUGAUGAUAACGGGAGAAAGUUUGUCCGUGUCCUGACGCGUUUCUGGUACCUGACCAGCGCAAAUCUUCCUAACGACAGCUUAGAGGGAAUUCGCAUGUUUAAGGUGGUGAUCGGACGGGAAGACGGACAAGAAGAAACCAAGAGAGUGCUAACAGCCACGUAUGAAUUUCAGAGGGAGUUCACUAAAGGAGUUCCUCCAGACUGGACCAUCACGAGGAUAGAGCACUCCAAGCUUUUGGAUUAGUGGAAAUUCCCUUGUGUUUGCUUUCAUUACAGCGAAAUCAGCUUGACGUUAUGCACAUCAUGAGGGGAAAGGAGAAGCUGCUGCUCACUGAGCGUCGGAGGAAAACAUCAGGACAAAGUUGGAGAUUCGUUAAGGCCAGAACUGUCUGCGCUAACAUAACUUCACUAUGUCACAGAAACCAGUGAUCAGAACUUUGUGAACUCACUCUGGAAGAUGUGGUAUUUAAUAAUAAAAAACUAAAUGAUAUUUAUCUCUGACUAACGCAUAAAUACACUGAGGAUUUCUUGGUUGCACAAUCUGACCCUCAUGAUCUGACGACUGAAGCGGUUUAAAUGAAAGAUUUCUUGGACCUGCACUUUCAUAUUUAAAUGCAGAAUGUGUCGAAGUUAAAUGCGGCAAGAAUAACUGGUUUGUGCUGUCAUGAUAUUACAUAUUAUUAUUCCAUGAACCACAUUUAUAUCCAGGUAAAAAUGCCAACAGACACUAUUCAUAAUCUGUUGCAGCCAUAAGGCUUCAGAGUAACAUACGCGCUUGUGUUCUGGUGUUUUUAAAGGUGGAGGUGACGUCGUUUAGCCGCAACAAACACUUGUUUGUUUUAAUAAAGAACUAUGAAAUGAAA